GAAAUAAGUCCAUUUGUUGUGGCUGUUUGAGCUCAGAUAGAAAUCUGCGGGAAUUAGGCGAAUUUUUAGAAUUGUUUACCAAAAUUAACGAAAAUGUGGUUUAUGUAAACGAACACAUAAUGUUAUGUUGGGAAUGUAUGGCAUUGUUACGGAAAGUAAAUAUAUUUAGGCAUAAUGUUGCUGCGGCUCAGAUGGUACUCAGCUAUUAUUAUGACGUAGAGAAUCCACCCCAAACAUUAUCAAAACUAUCAAUUUUAAAACUACACGAUGAAGAAGAUAAACUACAAUUAGAAAUAAAACCACAAAUUGAAGAACAAUUCCCAAAUGUCAAGGAGUCAAAUGGAGAACAUAUUAACCUGUCAAUAGAAGUCCAAGUGAAGCAAGAAAAUGAGGAUAACUGUGUGGAUGAUAUUUUCAACGAUGGAUGCUCUAUUGACUAUGGCAUAGAGCUGAAUAAUAUUCAAGAUAUUAAACAAGAGCUGCAACACAUUGUCAAACCAAGAAAGAGAAAACCGAAAAAUAUAGGUCAAGAAAAUAAAUACAAAGAAAUAUUUAUACCUGAUCAUAAAUGUGAAGUAGUAAGACAGGAGAUAAGCCAAAAUGAAAUUAAUGAUUGGUUAGAGAAGGAGAGAAACAGUCCUUAUUACGAAGCAGCAAAGUUUAAAUGCGACAGUUGUGCUAUUAUUUUGAAGUCACGAAAUCGAAAUACGCAUUUUGACACUUUUCAUAAUCCGAGUAAGUACAGCAACCCGUACAAAUGCGAUAUAUGCCAGUGCAUUUUCUCUAAAAAGUCAACCGUAUCUCAUCACAUUAAAGAACAUCGCUACAUAUACACUUGUACAACUUGCGAUGUCACUUGUGUAUAUAAACAGAGUAUGAGAAACCAUUUGCUGGCACAGUCAAGAAAGAUGGUUUACCAGUGUUUGCUGUGUCCCGGGAGAUACAGUAGUAGAAGUCUUUUCUUCAGACAUUACAAAGAAGCCCAUCGCCAUUUUGUUUGCGAUUAUUGCAAUUCUAAAUAUAAAUCGAAACGGAUGUUGAUUAAACACAUUAUAACAAACCAUUACACGCCUAAAUGUCACAUCUGCAACAUAACGUUUAAAAAAUAUCGAAUCCAGCAAGAGCACAUGAAUAGGCAACAUGUCUACGCGCCUACAGAAGCAAAUUACUGCGCGCCGUGUGACAAGCAGUUCGCCAACGACGCUCAGUACCGGUAUCAUAUUUCCACAAGUGUUGCUCAUUCUCGAGAAAGGCGAACAAACAUGAAGAAGAAGGAGAAGGUAAAGUGUCCGCAAUGUCCAAACUUGUACCACAGGAGGAGCUGUAUGAUGAAUCAUUUCCGGCACGUGCACUUGAAGCAGACCAAGUACUUCUGCAGUAUCUGUGAAAGGUACUUCUUGAACAGCACGCGGUUGAUUGACCACCGACGCGAGAAACACGAAGGAUAUGUGCCCGUGAAGGACAAACUAUGCAACAUCUGUGGCAGAGGAUUUUCUACCAAUCGCAUUCUGACAAAUCACAUACGAACUCACACCGGGGAGCGUCCUUUCCAGUGUAACCUAUGCGAUUCAAAAUUCACGCAAAAAGUAGCACUCAAUUCUCAUGUUAAGUUUAUACAUAAGAAGUUUCGCAGGAACACUCGGCACGUCGACGGCAAUCAAUGUAAAUAAAAUAACUUUUAAACAGUAGUUAUUUAUUUCUCUACAGGUUUAUGGGUCAACAAGUUGGCCCUUGCAUUGUGUCACCGUUUCUAAGUCCAAAUAACUUGUCAGACUUUACAAUAUGUAUAUACAAUAAAUAUACAGUGAGAAACCCACCUGGCGCAGUUCUCCAUUUAUCA